AUGGCGCUGCCGCUGCUCCUUCUGCUAGGAGCCGGCGGGCUGCGGGCGGCCGAGCGGAGCGGCGGCGGCGGCGGCAGCAGCAGCAGCAGCAGCAGCAGCAGCAGCAGCAGCGCCAUGGAGGAACUCGCCACCGAGCAGGAGGCGGAGGAGAGCCACAGGCAGGACAGCGUGAGCCUCCUCACCUUCAUUCUGCUGCUUACGCUCACCAUCCUCACCAUCUGGCUCUUUAAGCACCGCCGCGUCCGCUUUCUCCACGAGACGGGGCUCGCCAUGAUCUACGGCCUGAUUGUUGGGGUAAUCUUGAGAUACGGCACUCCUUCUUCCAGCGGCCGUGAUAAACCGCUGAGCUGCUCGCAGGAGGACAGGCCAUUCACAACCCUGCUGGUCAACGUCAGUGGGAAGUUCUUCGAAUAUACACUCAAAGGUGAAAUAAGUCCUGGGAAGAUUCACAACGUGGAGCAAAAUGACAUGUUGCGAAAGGUUACAUUUGACCCAGAAGUUUUUUUCAACAUUCUGUUGCCUCCUAUUAUUUUUCAUGCUGGUUAUAGCCUGAAGAAGAGACACUUUUUCAGGAAUUUGGGGUCGAUUUUGGCCUACGCCUUUUUAGGAACAGCAGUCUCUUGUUUUAUCAUUGGGAAUCUCAUGUAUGGGGUUGUGAAACUAAUGAAGUUGGUGGGACAGCUCUCUGAUAAAUUCUAUUAUACAGAUUGCCUCCUCUUUGGAGCGAUAAUAUCUGCCACUGAUCCAGUUACUGUGCUGGCAAUAUUUAAUGAGCUGCAUGCUGAUGUUGAUCUCUAUGCUCUUCUGUUCGGGGAGAGCGUGCUGAAUGAUGCUGUUGCCAUUGUAUUAUCUUCGUCCAUAGUUGCCUACCAGCCAACAGGUGAAAACACCCAUGCUUUUGAUGCAGCAGCAUUUUUCAAGUCAGUUGGUGUUUUCCUGGGAAUAUUCAGUGGUUCUUUCAUGAUGGGAGCAGUGACAGGAGUAGUGACAGCUCUGGUGACGAAGUUUACCAAGUUACACUGCUUCCCUCUACUGGAAACGGCUCUCUUCUUCUUAAUGUCUUGGAGCACUUUCCUGCUAGCAGAAGCCUGUGGAUUUACUGGUGUAGUGGCUGUCCUGUUCUGUGGAAUUACUCAGGCACAUUAUACGUACAAUAACUUGUCAGUUGAAUCAAGAAGUCGCACUAAGCAGCUAUUUGAGGUAUUGCACUUCCUGGCUGAGAACUUCAUCUUUUCUUACAUGGGUUUGGCACUGUUUACUUUCCAGAAACACAUAUUCAGCCCAGUUUUCAUCAUUGGAGCUUUUAUUGCGAUCUUUUUGGGAAGAGCUGCACACAUCUACCCCCUCUCCUUCUUGCUGAAUCUGGGCAGAAGGCAUAAGAUCAGCUGGAAUUUUCAACACAUGAUGAUGUUUUCAGGUCUCAGGGGAGCCAUGGCCUUUGCCCUGGCUAUACGAGAUACUGCUACCUAUGCUCAUCAGAUGAUGUUCUCAACAACUCUCCUCAUUGUCUUCUUCACUGUGUGGAUUGUUGGUGGAGGCACAACUCCCAUGCUGUCAUGGCUGAACAUCAGAGUUGGUGACCAUGUUCCAUCGGUGGAAGAGAUGAGUGAAAGCCGCUGGCUGUAUUUCAGGGUUGGGGUUGACCCAGAUCAGGACCCUCCACCUACUAAUGACAACUUCCAAGUCUUACAAGGAGAUGGUCCUGAUUCUGAAAGAAGGAACAGAACAAAGCAGGAAAGUGCGUGGCUCUUCAGGCUAUGGUACAGCUUUGACCAUAAUUAUUUAAAGCCAAUUCUCACUCACAGUGGCCCUCCAUUGACCACGACUCUGCCCAGCUGGUGUGGCCUCAUAGCCCGCUGCUUGACAAGUCCCCAGGUUUAUGAUAAUCAAGAACAACUUAGAGAAGAGGAUUCUGAUUUUAUUCUCAAUGACAGCGACCUCACUGUGACAUACGGCGAUACAACAAUAACUGCGAACGGUUCUUCUGGCCCCCAUACAGCCACCACCAGCCUUGAUGGCAGGAGAACAAAGAGCAGUUCAGAGGAAGCACUGGAACGCGACUUAGGAGCAGCAGAGCAUGAAGUUGCAAGCAGGGGUACCAGGCUGGUAUUUCCUCUGGAAGACAAUGCGUGAUUACUGACUCAGUACAAACAGCUCUCGCUCUGCAGAUGGAUCAAGGAAGACUGCUGCUCACUGUGCCACUUGAGGUGGGGGUGUUUGUUGAAGCAAGUGAAUGUGUUUAAGUGGUUUUACUAAGGUCUGAAGACGUCGCCUAUUUUUUACUCAAGAUGCUGACAGUGGGGAUUUUCUAGAAGUCUGAAAACAGACAAAUGAGAACCGGUCAUUCUCUUCUUUUACACCACGCGUUGAAUCUAAGCGUAACUAGCAUGCUGCGAUUGUCUUGUUCAGCUGCAGCAGCUCUCUGUGAGAAGAGGCGUGUGACAACAUUGUCGUAGACCUGAGCUUGUCUUGGCUUAGCUUGUGAAUGUGGAAGAAGAAAUAUAAAUGUGGUGAUCACGGCAAUCAAGAGGAAUGUGUUAUGUAUCUGAAUGUGGAGAGAUCCAUUUACUUCUCUAGCAAGGUUGAGAAAUCCAGAGGUAAAAUGGGACAGUAUGCCUUAGGACUACAGAUGCAUGAAUGCAACACUGGCGAAUCUGUUACUACAGUCUGUACCUAAUGAAUUUCAGGGAAAAAAGGGAAAAUAAGAUUUUGUUACUGGCCAUGUGUUUAAAUAGGAAGACACUGAGAGCUGUUUGUCCCUUUAGCUUUGGGUACCUUGACUGCUGCCAUUAGCUGAACUCCUCUUGCCUCAAAAGAAUAACACCCAACUUCUUGUGGUCUGAGAUAUGGCUGACCUGACCCAAGCCUGGAGCCAGGCUCUCGGGUAGAAGUCAGGAGGUAAAACUUCCUCUCCCUUUAAGGUUGCUAAAAAUCAGGUGAAGAUGGAAAUAUGUCUUGGGUUUGGGAAAACAGCUGAUAAGAGGAGUGAAGAAAAAAGAGGUGGAAAAGGGGGGGGGAAAAAAAGCAGUACUGAACUUUCACAGAAGUUUCAUAUUUCUCAGAAGAGUCCAUGGAGUCUGCUUACAGUUUUUGUGUGUGAUAAACAGCAAGCAUUUAGUUAAAAGGACAGACAAAUAUACUGGCUUUACCAUUUGUGUCCCUCCUAAAAGAAAGGUGUUUACCACUAUUCUCUUUUGCAGAGUAGAUGUGAAACUUGAGUGGGGCGUUGCACAAUAAUGUCUAAGCUACAGAAGUGAUGAACUGUAGUAGCAUCUUAAGUGUGAAAAGGGAAAAUCUUUGCCUAGUACUUAGUCCACUCACACGUAGGCUAGCUUUAACGUGAUGCUAAACGCUUCUUACUUUCCGGGUGAGGCGAUAUCAUUGUCUUUGCUGAUAGCUGAAAACUGUUGCGCCUUGAAGAGCAGCUCAGCUAUUCAAAGCAUGCUAAAAUGUCGUGUCGUUCUCAUGUCUCAGAAGGUUUAUUUUUUUAAAACAACUCUGUGGCCCACUAAUGUGAUGUAAUAUCAGUUUGUCUAAGAAGUGUGGUUUCUUUCUUGCUGCCAUUUCAGUUGUUCCUCAUAAAAUUGUGUGUGAGUAAAUA